AUGGAUGAUGAAUUAAACGUAACAUAUAUAACUCUUGGUGGGCAUGUCGAAGUGGACAAAUACAGAUAUGUUUAUUUUGUUAUUAUAUUCAUAGUGUAUAUUCUAAUAAUAUGCAGUAAUUGUACUAUUGUGUACCUCAUAGUGAUUCACAAAAACCUCCAUGAGCCUAUGUACAUUUUCAUUGCAGCUUUGUUACUAAACUCUGUUCUUUUCAGCACUACUAUCUACCCAAAGCUUUUGAUUGACUUUUUAUCUGAGAAACAGAUCAUAUCUUAUUCAGCCUGUCUCUUUCAAUUUCAGGUAUUUUACUCUUUCGGCGGUUCAGAGUUCUUACUGUUGGCAGUCAUGUCUUAUGACAGAUAUGUGUCUAUAUGUAAACCUCUGAAAUAUCCAACUAUCAUGAGAAAAACAACUGUCAAUAUUUUCUUGGUGUUAGCUUGGCUCCUACCUGCCUCUCAGGUCGCAGUGCCAACUGCAUUGAGUGCCAAAGAAAGACUCUGUAGCUCUACUUUAAAAGGAAUUUUUUGCAAUAAUACAGUUUACAAACUUCAAUGUUUAAUCUCAAAAGCACGUCUGGCACGAGAUAUGAUCAUAAUGCUUAAUGUUGCCCUUCUCCCUGUGCUCUUCAUACUUUUUACAUACACCAGGAUACUUGUAAUAACCUAUCGCAGUAGUAGAGAAGUCAGGAGAAAAGCUGCACAGACCUGUUUACCCCACUUGGUAGUUUUGAUCAACUUUUCAUGUUUGUGUGCGUAUGACGUCAUUAUAGUUGGACUGGAAACAGAUUUUCCAAAAACUGUAAAUUUAAUAAUGGCUUUGCAAAUAGUAAUGUAUCAUCCUCUCUUUAAUCCAAUCAUGUACGGACUAAAGAUGAAAGAAAUUUAUAAACACCUCAAGAGGUUGUUCUGUCAAGGCAAAAUUAACUAA